ACUGUCAUCAAGAUUAACCUAGAGAUGGGCACAAAAUUUAACCUUCCCACAAAAUGUCCGCUAACCUUUCUCAUGCUUUUAGACCGAUUACAGGAUAUAAAUAGCAAAGUCAGUUGGACUAUAAUUAGAUCUUCGCCUUCACUUCGGGUUAAGGAGGCCUUUUUCUGCUAUUCUGAUGAACCCUAGAGGAAGGGAGCAAGGUUGGCCGGAGGACUGGCCAAGGGUGGGAUGAAGACCACGCAGACUCAGCUCCUCCGCUGUAGGAGGAAGUCGCCAGUGCCGGCGUCUGGUCACCAUGGUGACGGGACCAACUUCCGCCCCACCCACCUGCCCCUCACCCCGCGAAGCGCACCAUGGAAACCAGAUCUCUGCGUUGCGGAAGCUGGUUUCGCAGGUCGCCGCGGUGGGGAAACCUCGGCGGACGCCGCCCCCAUCCUGAGGGGACUCGAAAAUGUACAGCCAGCGAUUUGGCAUCGUACAGCGCGAGGUUAAGGGCCCCACUCCUAAAGUGGUGAUCGUGAGAGCCAAGCCUCCCAAAGGCCAAGGGGCUGAGCAACGUCUGGAAAGACUCCAACGUACCCAUCAGAAACAUCAUGCUUUUUUGGCUUCUAUUAAGUCAAAGGAGCGGGAUCGCUUGAAAGUUGAGUGGGAACAGCACAAUGACCGCAAGUUUGUGGACAGUCUUGUGAAAGCAAGAAUGAAGGAUGCCAUGCAAGGCUUUAUCAUCAACACAGAAGAAAGACGAAACAAGCUCCGUGAACUUUUAGCAUCAGAAGAAAAUGAGUAUUUUACUGAAAUGCAAUUGAAAGAAGAAACAAUGGAGGAGAAAAAAGAUAAAAUGAGGGAUAAAACCAGAUUAUUAAAAGAUAAGAAAGAAAAAGAGAGACAGGAUUUUGUGGCUGAAAAGCUAGACCAGCAAUUCAGGGAACGCUGUGAGGAGCUCCGUGUUGAGUUGUCUUGUAUCCAUGAGAAGAAGGUGUGCGAGGAGCGGAAAGCACAGGUUGCAUUUAAUGAGGAGCUGAAAAGGCAAAAACUGGUGGAAGAACAGAUGUUCUCAAAGCUCUGGGAGGAAGACCGAUUAGCCAAGGAAAAGCGAGAAGCCGAAGAGGCAAGGAGACAGAAAGAGCUGGUGGAGAACACGCGCCUGGGGCUGAAUGCCCAGAUCACCAGCAUCAAGGCGCAAAGGCAGGCAGAGCAACGACUGAAGGAAGAAGAGGCGCGCCUUGUGGAAAAGGACAAAGCACAGGUGAAACUUGAGAAUGAACAGGAUAAGCUAAAGACACAGAAGACAAAAAGGGAAAUUAAGACUGCUUUGCAAAAAGCCCUCCAAGAGAAGAUGGAGAAAAUUCAGCAGGGUUACAGAGAAGAGCAGGACUUGGACAUGAAGCUUGUGCAAAUGGCCCUUCAAGACUUACAGGAAGAGGCUGAUAAAAAGAAGCAAAAAAGAGAAGAGAUGGUAAGAGAACAGAAGAUAUAUCGUCAAUAUCUGGCACAGCGGCGUGAGGAAGACAAAGCUCAGGAGAAAGAAUUGGACAGAAUAUUGGAGGAAGAGGAGAAGAAGAAGUUGGCUGAGAAGGACAAGGAGCUAAGACUUGAAAAGGAGGCAAGGAAACAACUUGUGAAUGAGGUCAUGUGUACAAGAAAGCUUCAAGUUCAAGAAAAGUUGCAACGCAAAGCAAAAGAACAGGAGGAACGUGCUAUGGAACAGGAACGCAUAAAUGAAGGUCUUAAAGAGCUUAACCGUGAAGAGAAGGAGAAUUUUGCAAGACGCUCCAGUUUAGUCCAGGAGUACAGGAGGCAACUUCAGAUGCAGAUGUCCUACCAGCAGCAGGCCCGGGAAGCAGAGAAGGAAGAGGAACGCCGAGAGUUUGAAGCAGGGGUGGCAGCAAACAAGCUUUGCCAGGAGAAGAUCCAGGAGGUCCUGUCCGUCCACCACGUGCUGCCCCGAAACAUUCAUCCCAUGCGGAGGGGGUACCCGAAUAAGCUGCCGCCAUAGUUUCAUGAGCAUCAAUAUUGAUUUUCUCAGUCUUUUAAUAUUUUUAACUACAGUAUGCUUGUAUGUUCCUUUUAACCCGUGGAUAACUUUUUUCCUCAGAGUUUGCAUAAUUAUACAUAAUUUUCUUCCUUCAAAUUAAACUUUGUUCCUUUUUUAGAUUUUAUAGACAUAGGAAUCUGAAUGAUGUACUUCAUAUCACACAGUUAUUUUCCUGACUUACCCCAUGCCUCCCUUUCUUGUUCAUUUAUUAAGAGCUACACUUUCUUCCAUCUGUCUACCAAUAUGCCUAUUCCCUGUUGCCUCCUUUCUCUUCUCCCUCAUAUACGUAAUUCACAAUAUUAGCAGGGCAUUUUUGCAGGCAGAGCUGGGACUGGCAGCCAUUUUCAUUAACCCACUUAUUCAGUCAUUAAAAAAAUAUUUACUGAAUGCCGCCCCUGUACUAGACACUAUUCUGGAUACUGAGACUUCAGCAAGAACAAAACAAACCUCUUGCUUUCAUGGAGCUUACAUCCUAGUGGAGGAAACUAGGAGAUGAAUGUUAAGUGCCAUAAAACUGGAAAUGGCAGGAGUGCUAUUUUAUUUUAUAUGUGGUGGUCAAAAAAGAUCUCUUUGAGCAGCUGGUAUUUAAAUGAACCAGCCAUAUGGUUAUCUGGGGGGAAACAUCCCAGGCAGAGAAGAGAGCCAGUACGAGAGCCCUGGGGCAGAAGUCUGCUUAGUGUGUCUGCUGGAGUAGAGUGAGGAGAGACUGGUAGAAGAUUAAUCAGAAAGGUAGUGGGGGCCUGAUGAUGUCAGUCCUUGGGAACAUGGUAAAGACUGGCUUUUAUGUGGCUAUAGGAAGCUGUUAUAGGGUUUUGAGCAGAGGAGCAACAUGAUAUGAUGUAAGAGGGUUGCUGGCUGCUAGGGUGAGAAUAGACUUCAGGGAGACUGAAACAGGGGUUCAAUUAAGAAGCAAACACAGUAACCCAGGUGAGAGGUGACAGUAGUGUGGUAGCCAGUCUCCAAGAUGGCGUCUUGUUUUGUGAAGUGUCUAUUCAAAUAUUUUUUCCCCAUUUUCUAAUUGGGUUGUUUGUCUUCUGAUAGUACUAAGUUGUAAGACUUCUUUAUAUAUUCUGGAAGCAAGUUCUUUAUCAGUUAUAUGAUUGGCAAAUAUUUUCUCCUAGUCUGAGGCUUGUUUUUUCGUUUUCUUAACAUCUUUUGAAGAGCAAAAGUUUUAAAUUUUGACAAAGUCUAAAUUAUUUUUUUCUUUUAUGGAUCAUGCUUUUGGUGAUGUAUUUGAGAAAUCUUUGCCUAACCCAAGGUCACAAAGAUACAGCAGAUUGGAGCUUUCAGCCCCACCCAGAAAAGGGAGAAGCUCCAGAAAGGGGAGAGGUUAGAGGCUGAGCUGUAUAGAAAUGCUUGAAUAACGAUGGUCGAUGGAGAGCUCCAGUUGGUGAACACGUGGAGGAGCUGGGAGGGUGGCACAUCUGGAGAGGGCGGCACAUCUGGAGAGGGCAUGGAAGCUCUGCCUCCCCCGUACCUUGCCCUAUGUGUCUCUUCCAUUUGGCUGUCCCUGAGUUGUAUCCUUUAUAAUAAACCAGUAAAUGUAGGUAAAGAGUGUUCUUGAGUUCUAGCAAAUUAUUGAAACUGAGGAGGAGGUCAUAGGAACUCCCGAUUUAUAGCCAGUUGGUUAGAAGUACAGGUAGCCCAGGAUUUUGACUGGCCUCUGAAGUGAGGGACAGUCUUGUGGGACUGAGCCUUUAAUCUGUAGGGUCUGCACUGACUCUGAGUAGUUAGUGUCAGAAGGGAACUGAAUUGUUGAACGUUGGUGUCUGAAGAAUCACAGAUUGGUUUUUGGUGUUGGAAAACACCCCAGUUAGUAAGUGGUGAUGCUGGCAUUUGAACCCAGCCUGGAUUAUAGAAUCUAUGCUUUUGUCUCUCUGCUUUACUGCCUCCCCACAAUAGGUAGUACAGGUAAAAUCAAUGAAUUAGAGACUUUUAGAGCUUAAAAACCCAUCACAAAUAUUUUAGGUUUCUUUAAUUUGCAAAUAAACAGAAGCCCAAACAAAUCUCCAUCUCUUGGUUCAGCACUUUUUCCAUCACAUAACAUCAUUUCUUCGUAAAAUCCAAUUUGUUAUCAAAGCACUCUUAAUCAACCAAUAUGCCCUUUAAGGCUUGUUGUUUGACAACAUAUAGCAGGAGGCUAUUUUCAUUCCAUUUCCAUCACUUUGUGGUCUCUAUCCAAACCUUUGUUUUUGCUGACAUAGCAUUUUGUCGCAAAUCCAUCAAGCACAUCCAUAAAUCACACAUGGGCAUGAAUACUUUUUCUUCUGUAAACCAUCCUUCUGAUAUUUCAAUUACCUUACAUAAACUGGGCAAACAGCCUCUCAGAAUAUAGAUGAGGAUUUCAUCUGAUAAAAAAAAUACAUUCCUAUGUAGAGAAGCCUCUGAGAUAACUGGAAAAGGGUAUUUUAUCACACUUAGUGCAGGUCACAAUAAAAAGAUGUGAUUCUGUUUGUCUCCUGUGAAGCUGUUGGCUGGACGAGGGCUCUGAGAGGCAACAUGCCUCCGAUGUCAAUUCUUUUCUAUAAAGUUCUAAGACGUGUGUUUUGGAUAGAGGCUGAGGGUUAUUAGCUUAGUGCUACCAAGCAUUGUGAUGUGGGACUUUUAUUUGAAAUGACUGGGUAGAUACGGUUUUGGGGAAAUUGACAUAACAUGACAGUUUCAUGCUAGAUUCUUGCCCCAUGUACCAUUAAUCAGCUGUGUGAUCUCCGGCAGGACUUCCUGGAAUUCACUUUUCUUGUCUAAAAACUGAGGUGCUUCGAGAGCCGAAAGGGACCUGAGAGAGUGUCUCAUCCAAAUCCUUCCCUUUAUAGAUGAGAAAGUGAAUUGGGUUUGGUUGCCUAUGAGGACUUGGCUGCAGUUAAGUUAUUUGGUAGGUGAUCCAGGAAGCAGAAGUGUCGGGCAGGCAGAGCGGCGGGGGAGGAGCCAGUACAAGAAUGUGUUAUAGGCUGGUUACCGCUGCAGGCAGCUGCGUCUCAUUCCACCUGGGGCCCUUCUGAGAAAGGGUGUAGAAAGCCUCCGCAGGUAUGGACAGCCCAAGUGGAGGCUGGGGCAUUUAUUGCCCUAGUCCUACCCCUUUUGCUUGAGGGGUACCCUGGGGGCACUGACUCCCCUCACCAGGUGGGAGGCUCAGGAGGCUGUAAGAAAGCCCUGGGGCAAGAUGGUACUGAUACAGGGCAUGUGCUCGAGGUGACCCUGGCGCCCUGGACAGAACCAUCAGUGGGAUCAGGUGGACAGAGGGGAGCAGCGACAUAGAGCAUCGCAAGGCCACGGAAGUUAUGAGGACUUAGGGUAUGACCAGCAGCACACAGCUGAGACUGUGCUUUUUCCUUUUUUGCAUAUUUUCCAUGUGUGUGUGUAUGUGUGUGUGUUUUUCUCCAAUUAAUUGCUUAACAACUGAGUUGCUUAAAGCAGGUACCAAGUCUUAGACAACUUUGAUGGUCCCAAGCUUUCAGCACAAGGCUUUGCCUAGAGCAAGGCCUCAGAAAGUGUUUCCUUAUUUGUUCUAGAGGACAAAAGGAAAGAUCAGUGGCCAGAGUGAAAGGGUAACCAUUGAGCCUUCUUUCCUAUUCCUUAGCACCCAGACCUAAGAGGGCCAAGCAAGGCUGAAGUGGGAUAAAGCCAGGGCGGAGAGACACAGGCCCCAGAAAACAGCUGAAAUGGCCAGCAGCAGGCUGGAGCUGAGCGUGAGGAGGCAGAGAACCCUGACGAUGAGGAAGCUAGGCAAGACCUGAAGCAGGCAGGUGGUUGGGCCAGGAGAUGAGUCCUCGGAGGUAGGAGACUUGGACAUUUCUACAGCCGCCAGCUCUGGACAGGAAAUGUCUUUUAGCUUUAAGUAGCCACAGACACUGGCAUAGAGCAGGGAAAGGGCUCCUUUCGUAUACAACUCUCUGAGCACCGAGAAUCCAGCUACCCAGAACUGACUGUCACCAUCACCCAAGCAGACACCCUCCCUGUCCACACAUGCACAUUGCCCCACUGCUGUGCCUUUACUCAGGGUGUGGCUUCAGGAUGUCAUGUCCUCCCUGCCACAUGCCCUGUGAAAUUCCAGCCUUUCCCUCCCUGAGAGCUCAACUCAAAUGUCAUCUGCUCUGUUUGCCCCCCCAGACUCCCUGAGGGUGCCCUGCCUCCCUGCUCACUCCCAGCUCUGACUUCUCUUUUCUAUCACAUGUCACAGUUUAGCUGGGAUCUGGCCUCUGCUUGCUGCUGGCUAUGAGCUAUUUGAGAGAAAGGACCCACUGUGAACUGAGCUGUGUCCUCCCAAAUUCAGAUGUUGAAGUCUUAACCCCCAGUGUGACUGUACUUGGAGAUAAGGCCUUGAGGGAGGUAAUUAGGUUUAUGAGGUCAUAAGGGUGGCACCCUAAUCUGAUAGGGCUGGUGUCCUCAUUGGAAGAGGAAGAGAUACCAGAGAUUGCUCUCUCUCAGUGUGCACAGAGAAGAUGCUAUGUGAGGACACAGGGAGAAGGUGACCAUCUUCAAGCCAGAAAGGGAGGCCUUGCGAUAAACCAGGUUGUUGGCAUCUUGAUCUUGGUCUUCCAGCCUCCAGAACUGUGAGAAAAUAAAUGUCUGUUAUGUAAGCCACUCAGCCUGUGGUAUCUGAUAUGGCAGCCCGAGCGCGCUAAUACAGAGACCUUUCUUUUUUUUUUUUGAGGAAGAUUAGCCCUGAGCUAACUGCUGCCAAUCUACCUCUUUUUGCUGAGGAAGACUGGCCCUGAGCUAACAUCCAUGCCCA